GUUUGACAAGAGUAUAAUAGCCGUUGAACUACACUGAAGUUUGUCCGUUACACCUUAAACUGUGUUCAAAAAACACACAGUAGCACUAAAACCGACUUUGAGGAACCCAAGCUGUCACUUUCAGGCAAUCAUGGAGCGCUCCAAACAGAAACAAAUGAAUCAAAAUGAAAAUGAAGCAGACUCCGCGAUUAAUGGAAAGUUUGACGGACGGGUGAAGAUUCCCGGAUGGAGCGCCGGUGGUGCCGCCGGGACCCCGAGCACCGCGCCGUCCUCCAGCGUGAUGGAGAGCUGGCGGGAAGAACGCACUCGCAGUCUGGAAGACAAUGAAAUGAGCCUGCCGAGCAUCGCCGCGGCUUACACCACUAUUCUCCGGGGGCUCGGGGAAGAUCCGCAGCGGCAGGGGCUCCUCAAAACUCCGUGGAGAGCCGCCACCGCCAUGCAGUUCUUCACCAAGGGUUAUCAGGAAAAAAUCAUCGAUGUCCUGAAUGACGCAAUCUUUGAUGAAGACCAUGAUGAGAUGGUGAUCGUGAAGGAUAUUGACAUGUUUUCCAUGUGUGAACACCAUUUAGUUCCCAUUUUUGGGCGGGUGCAUAUAGGUUACCUUCCAAACAAGAGGGUUCUUGGUCUGAGUAAAUUAGCAAGGAUUGUUGAGAUAUACAGCAGGAGAUUGCAAGUUCAAGAGCGUCUAACCAAACAGAUUGCAGUCGCCAUCACUGAAGCUUUACAGCCUGCUGGUGUCGGGGUGGUCAUUGAAGCAACUCACAUGUGUAUGGUUAUGCGAGGCGUCCAGAAGAUGAACAGCAAGACUGUGACCAGCACCAUGCUGGGUGUUUUCCGCGAGGACCCCAAGACACGAGACGAGUUCCUGACCCUGAUCCGGAGCUGAGAGAGUCCCUGUUCGCUCUCCACUGCCAAAACUCUCUGACCAGCCCUCUUCUCAAACGCCUCCCUGGAUCGAAGGAGUCUUCUCUGGUUCUGCCUCCGGACGAGGCACUGCUGCUGUGUAACAUAGUGUCCCACCCGCCUCUGGGAUGGUUACAUCGGUAACACCGUCUCUUCUGUAUCACGUGUGUGUGUGUGUGUGUGUUGUGCACGUUUAGUCAGUAGAGCUGUGGGAGCCUCUAUUGACGGGACUGUGGCUAUUACUGUUACAUGGAAGCAUUGUGUUUUAAAGGACGUCCUAGAUUAGCACAAUUUGACCUCACUAAACUGACAAGCACCAAAACCCACCGCAAUUUGUUUACAUCUCUUUCCGGUUGGGUCACAUUUGUGCUCUAUUAAACGCAAUUGAGCUGCCUGAGAUGCACAAACCAAGCAGUUUUAUUUUCACGCUUCUGAACAGGGAGGUAAGGUGUCAUUCUGAGUAUUCAGUUUUACUGUUUUAACGACAUAAAAGUACUGGCGAGGUACUGAAUGACCACUAAAUGAUUUCCAAUAUUUAUACACCUUGAUAUUUACAAGGCACUUCAAAGAUGAUCAUGGUAGUAUAAUGGUACAUGUCCAAAAAGAGCAUAGUAUUACAAAGCACCACUUUUUAUAAGUGAAUACAUCCAGACCAGUUUUGUUGUUGUGUUGAACAUGUAUUAUGGCUGUGCUGUCUUAAAAUGUAAUAUUUAAUAUAAUGUGUCCUGUGCAUCCGUCAAUAAUUGUGCCCAGACCCAAAAUAUCAUCUGCUCAAAAGGAUAGU